GGGCACGAGCGAAUGUAGGCUUUGAUGUCGGCAAGGAGGGAAGGCCAAUGGAAAUAACGGGAGAUGGUAUCAAAGGUUUUCUGGAAACCAAGGUGGCCAGCGGUCUUGGCGUCGUGGUGCUCGGCCAAGAGCUGGGUGCGGAGGCCACGGGCAUCAGGGAUGCAAAGUCGGCGGGUGCCUUUGGUUUCAAUGUAGAGAAGGUUGUCGUGGAGGGCGUAGCCGGAGACGGAGUUGAGGUCACGGAGUUUGUUGUAGAUGGUGGAGAAGUUGGGGCAAGAGAGGUAUCCUUGGGUGUAGCGAUGGUGGAGCGAUGGCAGGAGCUGGAUGUGGGUCAUGGCGGCGUAGACUUUCUCAGGGGGCUUGUGGUCGGGGCGGCGGGAGAGGGCAUCGGCAACACGGUUGCUUUUGCCGGGGGUGUGGCAAAUGGUGAAGGUAAAUUGGGCAAGGAAGUCGAGCCAGCGGGCUUGGCGUGGGGUGAUGUCUUUCUUGGUAAGAAUAGAGGAAACGACGGUGUUAUCGGUGCAGAUGGUGAAGUAUUGCCCGUCGAGGUACGGGCGUCAGACUUUGAGGGCAUAGAUGAUGGCGAGGAGCUCCUUCUCGUUGUAUGGGUAGUUCAUUUAUGCGGGAAGGAGUUUCUUGCUGGCGAAUGUGAUGGGGUGCUCGCCGGGUGGGCAUUGGGAGUAUUUUACACUAGAGGCAGCAAAUAUGCAUUUGCUGAGCUUGGCGUAGAAUUUCUGGGCAUGGAGAAUGGCGAGAACUUGGCGGAGAUGAUCAAGGUGGGACUCGAAGGUGGGGCUAAAAACAAGGAUGUCGUCGAGGUAGAUCACGACACAGACUUCGAGGAGGUCGCGGAAGAUGUGGUUCAUGGUGGAUUGGAAUGUGACGGGGGCGUUGGUGAGACCGAAAGGCAUUACGAGAAACCCGUAGUGCCCGAAGCGGGAGUGGAAGGCGGUUUUGUGAGUGUCCUCCUCGCGGAUGCGGAUCUGGUGGAAGCCAUUGCGGAGGUCGAUCUUGGUGAAGUAUUUGGCUCCACGGAGGCGAUCAAGAAGUUCGGAUAUCCGGGGAAGCGGGUACUUGUUCUUGAUCGUGAUCCGGUUCAAGGUGCGGUAGUCCGUGCACAUGCGGAGUUUCGAGGUGUCGUUCUUCUUGACGAAGAGACAGCUGGUACCGAAGGGGGAGGAGCUAGGCUUAAUGAAUCCUUUUUCAAGGAGUUCAUUGAGCUGGCGCUUCAUUUCUUCGGCCUCGGGGACGGAGAGCUGGUAUAGGGGGCGGCAAGGGGGGGAGUGGCCAGGUUCGAGAUCGAUGGUGUGGGAAACACCUCGGUCUGGAGGUAGUCCGGCGGGCAAGGAUUCGGGAAACACGUCUUUGAAUUCGGAUAGGAGGGCGGAGAUCUGAGGGUCGGAGGGAGGGUCUUGGUCGGGUUUGUCCGUUGGAAGCAAGUCCUCAGGACGGUCGCGGUCAAUGACAAGG